AUGAAGAACGCAGUAGAAGUUGUAUAUAGGCCCCCGUCCAAACCUACAAACUGUUUUGACAACCUCGAAAUCACCCUGGCAAACUUAACAGCCGAGAUGGACGAAAUAAUACUUACGGCAAUAAUAGCCCUCUUCGACGUUCAUGCUCCUCUCAAAACCAUCAGCACUAAGAGACCUGCUAAACCUUAUAUAACCGACACGAUAAAGGAAAUAAUCAAACUCAAAGACAAAGAGGCAUAUAAAGAUCUCAAGAACUAUGUAUCAUAUGCAAUUAAACAAGAAAAAGCUGCUUAUGUGGAAUACGAACUUAAUGCUUGUAAAAAGAAUUCAAGGAAACUAUGGAAUAAGUUUAGUGAUCUUGGAGUACAUCAACGAAAAUCUAACGAAAUAGCACCUGAACUAACUGAUCCAAAUCGCAUAAACAAUUUCUUUUGCAACGUUCCUUCAACAUCUAUUGAUCCCAAUUUGGUGGAAUUCUUUAAUUACAAUCGACACCACAAUCCACAUCAAACUUUAGAACUUACAUUAGUAACUAUGGAAGAAGUCAAGAAUGCUCUAUUAUCUAUAAAAUCUAACGCCACCGGAUUGGACAACAUAAGUCUGCAGAUGCUUAAACUUAUUUUUCCUUUCUGUGGAGACACAAUUACUCAUUUAAUUAAUACAUCCUUUUUAUCAGGUAUGGUUCCUAAAGUGUGGAAAAAAGCAGUUGUUGUUCCGCUGGCCAAAGUUACGAAAGCGACUAAACUGAAAGAAUUGCGUCCGAUUAAUCUAUUGCCAGUCACAUAUAAAAUAGUUGAGAAGAUUAUAACCUACAUAAUUAUGAAAUACAUGAACGAAUUUAAUAUUCUACCUUCAUAUAGGUCUGGUUUCAGAAGAAAUUACAGCACUUGCAGCGCCUUACUGAAAAUAACUUCUGAGAUCUCGACAGCUCUUGAUGACUCCCAGUUAUGUAUACUAACGCUCCUGUACUACAGUAAGGCAUUCGACAUGGUGAAUCCUCAACUACUUUUAGCGAAACUUAGAUACUAUGGUCUAGCCGAAGCAUUCUGCGAUUGGUUCAACAGCUAUUUAUCAAAUAGAACGCAAGUCGUCAAAUUAGAAGAUAACGUGUCGUCAGAAAUUGAAAUGGCUCUAGGAGUCCCUCAAGGUAGCUCUCUGUCUCCGAUACUUUUCACCACUUUUACUGCAGAUUUACCAUCCUGUCUAUCCUCAGACGUCUCUGCUCAUCUAUACGCGGACGAUACACAAAUGUAUGUCUUUUGUAAUCCUCAAGAUAUUAACUCAGCAGUAUCCAUCCUUACUAAACAAGAAUUUGGAACGUACGUCAGAAUGGUCCUCAAAUAA